UAUUUAUUUGAGUGGAAGGCAUGUCCACAUGGUAUAUAAUUAGAUGAUGUAUAAACUCCCCACCCCUCCUAAUCCAAUUUGCUUUUCAUUUUCAUUAUCAUUUUGAGCAUGCAAUCAUCUUCUUGUCUCCAUUUCUCACCAAUCAUCAAAAUUCCAUUUUUCUAAACCCUAAUUAUUGACUUUCAUAAUCACACCAUUUGAUCUUAAAUACAAGAAAGAAAACCCUUUGAAACUUUCAACAUCCUGUGUCUUUGUAACAUCAAACUAUGGCCCUAAAACACCCCACCCCCCAUAUCCCAUACCAUGAAAGUGAACCCACCCCACCUCAUUCCCCAUCAAUCAAACACCACCACCACCACCCGCCGCCGCACACGGCGGCCACAUACAAAGAAUGCCUCAAGAACCAUGCCGCCCGCAUAGGUGGCCACGCCUUAGACGGCUGCGGUGAGUUCAUGCCACAAACUCACACCCCAACUGACCCCUCAUCAUACAAAUGCGCCGCCUGUGGCUGCCACCGCAACUUCCACCGCCGGGAACCCACCACCACAACCGCCACCAGGACCCACUUCAUUGACUUCCACCGCCCCCACCAAACCUCCACUUCCACCUCCACAUCUCCACCAAUAUCACCAUCACCUCAACCAACAAACUACGCCUAUGGAGAGCAUCUACUUCUCUCACUUAGAACUGCACCGGAUCAAAACCACACGGUGGCGACGCCGGGAACACCGGUGGCGAUCAAGAUCAGUGGGAGGAAAAGAUUCCGGACGAAGUUCAGCCAGGAUCAGAAAGAUAAGAUGUUAUCUUUUGCUGAGAAAGUAGGGUGGAAGAUGCAGAGAUGUGAUGAUAAGAUGGUGGUGGAUUUUUGCAAUGAGAUUGGGAUCAGAAGAAGUGUUUUUAAAGUUUGGAUACAUAAUAAUAAAAAUACGUUAGCCAAAAGAGAGAAAGACAGCCCAGCCACCGGUACGGCCACCGGCAACACCGUGGUUGCAGCAGCUUUAGUAUGUAGUGAUGACACUACUCAUCAAGAUCAUGGGUCGUCUUCUUCAUCUUAAUUUUUGUAAUAACUGUAUUAAGUGUGUGUAUAACACCAAAGUUGCCCAUUUUAGGGUGAAUAAAACCCGUUACUUAAAGAUUCAGUUAUAUCCAAAUUACCAGUUAUUGUGAGUUGCAAUUAUAUGGUUUUAUUUAGGAUUUUAAUGUAAAAAUGGGAUCCUUAAUUGUGUUUUCUCAAAGAUCAAAAUAUCA